AUGGAUACCUUGGAAGGACAAUUACCUUCACCUCCUCUUAGAACGGGAGGCGCCACCUACAAACAAGUCUUGCUCAUUAUGCGAUUGCCUUUUCACAAGAUUAGCAAAUGGAACGGGAGCUUUUUUGAAGAAACAUCAUUAAGCAAGAUCGAUAUGGAAAUUCAUCUUGGACAUGGUGGGCUGCCGUGUCCAGUUCUGGAAAAUGUGCAUGAGUGGGAGGACAUGGACGAGCCUGUACAUGAACCUUCCUAUGAUUGCUUAGCUAUACCGGAGCUUCCUUUCCUCCACAGCAAGGAAUGCACAACCAUGGUUGACAAAUCCGGCGUCCAUUCCCUGAUGAUCCGGUAUUGUAAAUGCCCAAAUGCAUGUACUCCGGACAAGCAGCUAUUUGCGAUAGGCAUGUUUCCGGCAUGUUUCAGUCGGCCCAAGUCAGCAUUCAUGUUUUCUGUACUAGACGGCUUCCUGCUUGAUAACUUAGAAUGCGGAACAUCAGCUAUGAAUUACUAUAGUAAAUUGAGGAGAAUGACAUCUAGCAUAUUUCCCCACUUAGUUCCGGACCGCUACAGGGAAUUGAUGCGCGUGGGACGGCAAUGGCGUCAACUAAAACUGCUUAAAUGGAACAGCUUCGCUCAUGAAACAAAAGAACCGGAAUCCAGUGAACUUGCUCUUUUUUGCCCAGCGUGUCCGCAACCCAGAAUAAAUGCGCCGCAGCCGGCGGAAAGAAACAGCGAUGAUCCGGAAUGGUUAUAUGCUAGAUCUCUGGUCAUGGAUGGUAAUUUCAAAGCAGAACAUUUGCACCCUACUCAUCCGGAAGAUGAAGUAUGGUUGACCGAUGGCCUAUGCUUUAUGGUGACGAGAGAUAAAUACAAGGCCCAUCUGGCUGGUGCCAAUGAACAUGUUCAAAUGUCAGAAUGCAACAAUCAUUGGGCUGUGAAUCAAGCGAAUGCUUCCCGACAUAAACUGGAAGCUACUGGAAUUGGUGGUUGCGCAUGCGCUCGACAUGGCUAUCAUCCUAGUCGCACACGACCGUGUGUCGUAACAUUUGUACCUCAUUCCAUUGUUGAUUUCCAAAAAGGGGAAAGACAAAUGAAUAUGGACUAUGCUCUUUGUCAUGCUUUGAGCCAUCACACCAAUGGACUAACUCGAGCCUUGACAUUAUAUGACAUCAACUGCCAGUAUAACAAGUAUUUCUGGUAUAGGGACUGUGGCACGUCCAUGGCCAUCAGGACAAUAAAUCACCAAUCAGAUGAGCAUAGCACCGACGCGGAAACAACAAGAGCUGGCCUUGCUGGGAAUGCACAACGGGGUGCUGCCACGUGGAUCGCAUCCAGCAUAACGAUAGAAGAGCUGCAGAUCUCGUUGUUGAUGGACAUCCGAAGGUUGGGAAAAUAUCCCACCGAAACGCAGCAUUUGGAGAUAGGGAGAUGCCGGACAAAGUUACAAAACCAGAUAGAUGAAUUUACCAUUGCUGCAGUCACUCAUCUCGGAGAGGACUUCGAUCUGGAUGAUGACAUCAGAGAUAUGGAGGUCAAAUUCCUAGAUGAUUCAGAGCAAGAAGUGGACGCUGUUACCGACAGUGAACAUGAUUCCCAUGAAGAUCCGCAAUGCAAUGUCUUCCGUCUGGAGAAUGUCAUUAUACCUCUUCCAUCUAAUAUCGGCAUACAAAGAUGCACUGAGCUGGGCGUCGUCCACCUAGUUGGUCAGGAAAUUGCACUUCAGGAAGGGCAGGCUAACGACACCCUGCAAGCAAUCAGAGUGCUUUUAGCGGACAAGGCGGUGCUCUUCUGCACCACGGUCCGUCCGGCAAAAUCUCAGGCCAAGGUCACCAGAGCAUGGACUCAGCCCACAUUCUACUGGAAAAAAUAUCUCCAGAUGGAGAAGAGUCAUCUGAAGGCAAGUGCUGCUGUCGCCGAUCCGAAUGCCCAGGGACAGAGAAACUCCACACUUCCAUGGUUCUGGUCUCUUGAUGUACAAGGUGAUUCGAUUAGCAACGAUUGGAUGAAUGAAUUCUAUAGGGUCCACUGGCUUCGGGCCAAGGCUUUGCGUGACCGGUGGUCGGAAGAGCAGUUGCUCGUAGAACAUGAAAUGGGUUGGACCUUACAAUUUUUCCUCCACAAGGCAAGUAUGUGGUUGUCACAUAUUACUCACAAUGGCGAUCCACUGCUGGAAGAGCACAAAUGUUAUGCAAUUCAGCAGGCUCACAUGUACCAUGAAUUGGCCAAACAUGCACGUACAACCUUUCUCAAGGCAAAUCCAAUGCUCAAGAUCAUUGUUUAA